GCCCAAGCGGAAGACCAUGUCAGACAAAAGUGACCUAAAAGCAGAGCUGGAGCGCAAGAAGCAGCGCCUCGCCCAGAUCAGGGAGGAGAAAAAGAGAAAAGAAGAGGAGAGGAAGAAGAAAGAGGCAACGCAAAAAGCAGAGAUCCAACAGAAGACGGAGGCGACCUCAGAGGACUCGGACUUGGACCGCAAGCGGCGGGAGACCGAGGCCUUGCUGCAGAGUAUCGGCAUCUCACCCGAGCCUCCUUUAGUGCCAAAUACUUUAUCCCCAUCCAAAUCAAUGGGCACGCCCAGUGAAACCGAGAGCCAGGAUUCAGCUGAUAGCGGGGCAGCAGGCAGGUCAGGUUUCUCAAAAAGCAAGUCGGAGGUACAAAGCUUAAGGACCCUGCAGUGGGACACAGACCCCUCUGUGCUGCAGCUGCAAGCAGAUUCUGAGCUUGGGCGGAGGAUGCAGAAGCUGGGCGCCUCGAAGAUCACGCAAGUUGAUUUCCAGCCCAAAGAGUUGGUCUUGUACAGCAAGGAGACGCAAACGCCGCACACUGCCCAUGUAUCCGAAGGAGAAGAGGAAGAGGAGGAUGAAGAGCUGACGGAAACGAAACCAGGCCCCGGGUCGGAGCCGCGGGAUGAGGACGACAAGGAAAAUAAAGAAGGCUCGUUCCCUGUGCUGCGGGAACUGACGGAGGAGGAGAGGCAACAAAUAAUGCACUCGUCCGACUUCCAGAAUUUUUUCGACUGCAGCAUCCGGGUGAUGGAGAGAGCUCUGGCGGAAAGCGGCGACAUCUUUUUUGACUACGGUGGUCGUGCCCUAGAAGACAAAGAAGGAGAUCUGGCUGGAGGCUCCAGUUUGUGCUUCACCAGACUUUUCUACGAUGACCAUUGGUCCAAACAUCGCGUUGUCACCUGUCUCGACUGGUCCCCUCAGUAUCCCGAGUUGCUCGUUGCCUCCUACAACAACAACGAAGACGCCCCCCACGACCCGGACGGUGUUGCCCUGGUAUGGAACAUGAAAUUCAAAAAAGCCACGCCAGAGUACAUCUUCCACUGUCAGUCUCCGGUGGUGUCGGUAGGUUUCGCCAGGUUUCAUCCCAACCUGGUGGUGGGGGGCACCUACUCGGGUCAGAUCGUCCUGUGGGACAAUCGCAGUCACAGACGGACACCGGUGCAGAGGACUCCCCUGUCGGCUGCUGCGCACACCCACCCCGUGUACUGCGUCAACGUGGUCGGCACCCAGAAUGCCAACAACCUGAUCACCGUGUCUACAGACGGAAGGAUGUGCUCCUGGAGUCUGGACAUGCUCUCUCAGCCUCAGGAAAGCAUGGAACUGGUGUAUAAUAAAUCCAAAGCGGUGGCAGUGACCAGCAUGGCCUUCCCGGCGGGGGACGUCAACAACUACGUGGUGGGGAGUGAGGAGGGCACCGUGUACACUGCGUCCAGGCACGGCAGCAAGGCAGGGAUCUGUGAGAUGUUCGAGGGCCACCAGGGGCCCGUGACUGGGAUCAGUUGUCACAACGCCGUGGGCACUGUGGACUUUUCCCAUCUUUUCAUCACCUCCUCCUUUGACUGGACGGUCAAACUUUGGAGCACCAAGCAAAACAAGCCUCUGUACUCUUUUGAGGACAAUGCCGACUACGUCUAUGAUGUCAUGUGGUCGCCCGCGCACCCGGCCAUCUUCGCCUCCGUGGACGGCAUGGGCCGCCUCGACCUAUGGAACCUCAACAACGACACGGAGGUACCAACGGCCAGUGUGACGGUCGAAGGUGCGUCGGCCCUCAACAGAGUGCGCUGGUCAUCUGGAGGGAAGGAAGUGGCCGUGGGCGACUCGGAAGGACGGGUUUGGGUCUACGAUACUGGAGAGCUGUCGGUAGCCCACAGUGACGACUGGACACGCUUCGCACGUACGCUGAUGGAGAUCCGUGCCAACCGUGCGGACGGCGAAGACGAAGGACCUACGGAGCUGGCUUCAUAGAGCGAGCGCGACUACAAACCAAAGUGGAGCAUCGGUGUGCUUGUCUCCAGCAUGUGCUUCUUACUCAUGUUUGUGUUGGUUCCCGGCCUUCGUGUACAUUAGCCUGUGCUAGUCUCGUAUGUUCUGAUUGUGCUCCCCCGUACAUUCAGGUGGAACAUGGUGACGAUUUCUGAAAGCGGCUCUCCUCUAAGCCUUACGACGUGUGUUCUCAAAACGCUUUGCACUAGUGUAAAAAAAUAAAAAAUCUCAACAAGGGUCUUUAGACUCGUUGACUGUUUACAAAUGUCAUGUUCACUUAACAUUGCAUUUCUUGCAUGCGGCAUUCCAUGCGUUGUGUGGGUGUCGCGUAUCUAUCAUGAACUACGGAAAAGCUUUUGUGUCAUCCAAAAUAUUUGUACACUGGAAACUACUGGAAUAAACGCACAAGUUGACAUUUCA